GGGGGGGGGGGGGGGGGGGGGUGGGGGGGGGGGGGGGGGGGGGGGGGGGGGGGGGGGGGGGGGGGGGGGGGGGGGGGGGGGGGGGGGGGGGGGGGGGGGGGGGGGGGGGGUGGGGGGGGGGGGGGGGGGGGGGGGGGGGGGGGGGGGUGGGGGGGGGGGGGGGGGGGGGGGGGGGGGGGGGGGGGGGGGGGGGGGGGUGGGGGGGGGGGUGGGGGGGGGGGGGGGGGGGGGGGGGGGGGGGGGGGGGGGGGGGGGGGGGGGGGGGGGGGGGGGGGGUGGGGGGGGGGGGGGGGGGGUGGGGGGGGGGGUGGGGGGGGGGGGGGGGGGGGGGGGGGGGGGGGGGGGGGGGGGGGGGGGGGGGGGGGGGGGGGGGGUGGGGGGGGGGGGGGGGGGGGGGGGGGGUGGGGGGGGGGGGGGGGGGGGGGGGGGGGGGGGGGGGGGGGGGGGGGGGGGGGGGGGGGGGGGGGGGGGUGGGGGGGGGGGGGGGGGGGGGGGGGGGGGGUGGGGGGGGGGGGGGUGGGGGGGGGGGGGGGGGGGUGGGGGGGGGGGGGGGGGGGGGGGGGGGGGGGGGGGGGGGGGGGGGGGUGGGGGGGGCCAUUAUCGAAAGUGGAAAUUGGAAAGAAACAAUCACACUGCUUCAGAUUUUCCUCGAAUUUCCUGGCAGAACGAGGACUUGUCGCCGCUUUCACUCAUCAUUAUUCUGCCACAGCCAUGGCAGCAAACCGGGGAAUCCUGAAUGUAAACACAAUACCUAAAUCUGGAUGUGAUAUGAUCGUGCGAUGCAAUGAUGUUAUGAUGAUAUCGACUACGAUAGACAACUUAGUCAAGAACGCAAGGUACAUCUCUCAACCUGGACACAGUUGCGCUCAGUAA